CUCGAAUUCCUGUGACAGCGUGAAGUACCCAGCCCCAAGCUAGCAGACAGGCCUUGUAUAUUGCUACCCACAAAAUGUCAAACACGCUUCGACCUUACCUCAAUGCCGUUCGGAGUACUCUGACAGCGGCUCUUACGCUGGAAAACUUCUCAUCUCAGGUCGUUGAGAGGCAUAAUUACCCGGAAGUCGAGGCUGGCAACUCGCAAGAAACCCUCCUCCAACCCCUCCUCAUCUCGCGUAACGAAUCCGAACGCGUCCUCAUCGAACCGUCUAUCAACUCGAUCCGGCUGUCCAUCUGCAUCAAACAGGCCGAUGAGAUCGAGAGGAUCUUGUGCAAGAAGUUUACUAGGUUCAUGACCAUGCGAGCGGAGGGGUUCGUCAUUUUGAGGAGGAAGGCUAUUCCGGGAUAUGAUAUCUCGUUCUUGAUCACCAACUUCCAUUCGGAGACGAUGUUGAAGCACAAGCUCGUCGAUUUCAUCAUCCAGUUCAUGGAAGACGUCGACAAGGAGAUCUCGGAGAUGAAGUUGUCCCUGAACGCCCGAGCUCGUAUCGUAGCCGAGAGUUACCUCGUUACCUUCUCGUGAGGAGACGCUGAAGGCAUUUGCGAGGGGAUAGUUUGGAAGGGGGGGAAGGUGGUUGUACUAAUGAUGAUACGAUGUUGACGGUUUGUACCAAAGAUGAAUAUGAUUGCGGGGCUUA